GAUAGUGUAAGAUCAAAGGAACUUAAGCAGCAACUAGAAAGAUCUUUCUCUGUGACUUACACUGAGCAAGAAAUCAAACAAUGGCGUGAAGCACGGAAAAAGAAUCAUCCUUGUAACAACUUUCAGAAGAGGCACUGUGAAUGACCGAUGGACUCCAAGGUCAUUAAAAGGGAGGUCUUACAAAGAGAGCUUAAGGAGGUUUUAGCAAAGCAAGCUGAAUUAGGAAUCGAAGUUGCUGAAAUACCAUCACACUACCUUAAGAAUUCUGAUAAUCAAGGUCUUCAGAAUGAAGGGAAAAACAAAUUUAGUGACAAAAGAAAGUUCCAAAACAAGUUCAACAAGAAAUUAGACAGAAAAGGUCGGUUCGGCAAGAAGCAAAAGUUUGCUGACUUUUCAGAAAGCCCUUCAUUAAAAAUGAGGAAGCCAACUUUAUUGCAGAAACUCUUGAGUGCAGAUAUAAGCAAGGGUAAGAGCCACCUGUUUCAGGUUUUCAGGUUCAUGGUAAUAAAUUCUUUCUUCAAACAUUGUCCUGAUAAGCCACUUAGAUAUCCAUCAGUCAUGGUUAAAGAGAACUGGUCUGAAGUUGACACUAAAAAAGAUAUUCCUAAACGCGGGAACGAGGGAGCUGUCAAAAAAAUUGCUAGCCUAAAUAAUGAUGAUCAUAGUAGUGAAGACGAAGACAGUGAUGUGGAUGAGAAUGACUCUAUUGUACAUAAUAAUCCACACAAAGAACUUUUUUCCUUGGUUAAAGAAGGAUUUGAGAAAUCUGAUGAAGAGGGAGAAAUUUUAGAAUGAAAUUCGAAUAUUGGUGCUCCACUUUUUGCAGCAAAGUUUUGAAUACUGUAGUGGUAACAUUUUUUGUUUAGUCAUUUGUUUCCCUUAUGGUUUUACCAUCAUGCGUAAUGUUACAGUAAAUAUAUUUUUGCAGCAAAGGUUUCUUAAUACUAAUAUUACACACUAUAUUUGCACAAA